AUGCUGAGGGCGCCACAGCCGCCCAUACGAUCCAAGCUUGACCUCGUCCGAAUCAUGGCAGAGGCUGUCGAGAUACUGAGAUAUGGCUCAGAACUCAAAGAUCAAGUAGACGUGAUCCAGGGAGUGACCGAUCAUCAGCUAGGGCUGGUACAAGAGGCGCGCAAAUAUCUAAAUUGGCCCAUUCGUGAUUUGGUGCGCGAGCGCGCCAAUCUGGAAAAGGAUUACGCCACCAAGCUGCUUGCGCUCACGAAGAAGGCACAAGAGAAGAAGAGCAAGCGAAUGCUUGGAGUCGUGUUAGGAGAUGAGCCCGCAAAGACGUAUACAGAGGACACGAUCAAGUCGAGCACGCUCGACGGCGCGUACACCGUCCUCCUUGCCAGCUGGGAGGAGAGUGCGAGUUUGCAUGCCACGUUUGCGAGUGAGCUUGGGAAUGCGGUCGCAGAGGAUUUGAGACGCUUGGAAAGGCGCAAGGAGGAGACGAAGCGGCUUCAAUCUGCGUUUUACGCAAAGUUGAUCUCGGAAAGGGAUAGGAUUUAUGGAGAUCGAGUGAAGAGCCAGCAAAAGUACUACGACGAGUGUGCAGAGGUGGAAUCAGCUCGACAGAAACAGGAACGGUUCUCUGGCCAUGACAGACACUCGGAGCGCGUGGCAAAGCAGUAUGAACAGCAGAAGACUGAUAUGCUAAAUUCGAAGAAUCAAUACAUUGUGGCGACGGCGUUGGCGAACCGGGCAAAGACCAAAUUGUAUCAGCAGGACAUUCCAGAGCUAGAGGACCAACUUCAGGACAUCCAAGGCAAUCUCGUAUAUCGUCUCACGGAGAUUAUGACGCAAGCUCAAACAUUCACCCGAAAUCACCUGAAUGCUCUCACUAUCAAGAGUGAACAGGCAUUCCAUGCAAUUGAACGGAUCGAUAUCACACACGACCAAAAUUUGUUCGUGGCCUUCAACCUCCGUCAGUUUACCGCGCCUCCAGACUGGAAGUUUGAACCUUGUCCCUCGUAUUACGAUACGGCAACUAUCAAUACGGAACCUGCGCCCAAGAUUAUCCUCCAGAAUCGACUAUCGCGCGCUCAGGCCAAGCUAACAGAAGCAAAGGCUGCUCUUCAAGCAAAGGAACAAGAUGCAAAUUCGGUUGGCAUCAGACUACCUACGGAAAGUGCAGACGAGAAAGCAGAUAAAUACCUCGAAGCAAAGCAUCAAGUCACCUUCUAUGCAACAUCUGUAGCGCUCCUGGAAAAGGAGAUAGAGGUUAUCACAUCAGCUCUAGGGGACGAUAUAGGGGCCCAACAGCCACACACCUUUAAGCCUUCUACAUUUUCAAUACCAACCACUUGCGAGUACUGCCAUGGUUCGAUAUGGGGCCUAUCCAGACAAGGAAAGACAUGCAAGUCAUGCGGGAUCUCGGUUCACGCGCGAUGCGAGAUGAAGAUUCCAGCCGAAUGCACUGGGACAAAAGGGGGGCAUGGGCACAGGAGCAGCCUAUCGAUUUCCAAGAUAGAAACCAAAGGUGAUACGAAAUCGUCGCCCAAGCCUUCAACCACGACCACCCUUGCAACACCGUCGUCGUUCACAACUCAGCCUCACCACGAGGAGCACCCAACGAUCUGGGCAACCGUCGUAUUUGACUUUGUGGCAUCGUCACCGUUUGAGAUCUCGGUGGACGAGGGAACAAGGGUGAAAGUUCUUGAAGAGGAUGAUGGCUCAGGGUGGAUCAAGAUCUACAAGGAGUCGACGGAGAAGAGUGGUCUUGUACCCGCAAGCUAUUUGAAGCUCGACUCGGAUUCCGACGAAGACGAAUCUAUACAUAUCGCCCCUUCUAUGCCGGUCCCAGAACUGGCAGACGUUGUACGCUCGGGCAAGUUUGUCGUCGCAAUAUACUCAUAUGAAGCUCAAGGGGAUGAUGAGCUCGCAUUAGAAGUCGGAGAGCACUACGAGCUGACAGGAGGUGAGCAUGGAGGCGAAAACUAUGGAGAGGGCUGGUGGGAGGGCAUCAACACACAGGGACGCCAUGGCAUUUUCCCCAGCAACUAUGUACAACACAUCUAG